CCAGCUAAAAUCAAGUACUACUUGUGCUCAUCACUAAGUAAGCUACUGCUCAGCAUUCCAUCUCCAAGCCUAUCAAGAACUAUAUAAUGAUCCUCUCCCGCGCCUUGAAAAGUAUCCCACGAUCAGCCAUAAAACUUGCAGUAAACAGAGCAAAAAGCAAACAGCAAACAGCAAACAGCAAACAACCAAUAAAAUGAGAUUCACACUCCUACCCCUCGUCACCAUCCUCGGUAUCGCCUCCUCCUCUCCACUUGGGCCAGAAAUGAGCGCAAAGCGAGACUUCGUCUACGAACAACUGACAUUCACCUUCUACGGCGGACCAGCCAGCUACGAACUCUCCUUCCCAGCCGACGGAUCAACUUACCCCACAAACAACGCUCUAAGCGUCUCUCUCAUCGACCCUGGGACCUUCUCCGCGCUCUGGGGUUGCAAUUUCUACUACGACCUUCCAGCCGGAACUGCCGAGAACCCCGUCCUCACUUCUAUAGGCAACGGGAACGAGAUCGCGGUUGGUCCUCCGGCGACUAUUAGUUAUGUGGCGUGUGAGCCGACGGCAUCGAAUGGCACGUGUUUGCCGGUUUAUGCGCAGUGCGAGUGAUGUUCGAAUAUUGGGGGUUGCUAUUUGUUGGAUUGCUGUAGUGGGUAUUGUGCUGCGACAAAAUGUAGACCGACGUAGUGGUGCGGAUGAGAGUUGGAG